CGACAGCGUUGAACCAGACAUGCAAAUUAAACAAAAUGUUAAAUAUGACUUUGAUCGGCGAUUACGUUGUGCGGCAAAAUGCAGGCACUUCCUUAUCUUCAGCUCAGAGAGUCUGAGAGCCCUGUUUCUCCAGAAAAGAAGAACUAUAGGUUAAGUUUGCACGAAGCUUUGCCGAAAACAGCACAGAGUAGCGACGAGCAAACAAGAAGUGGGAAAAAUGUCAACAGAUCGGUGAGUAAGUGAAGUGUUAGUCAACAGCGCAAUAGCAAAUAAAAGCAAUUAGCAACAAUUAAGCAUGGAUCUUUGAUGGACUGGUAAUGAAUUAUAUUGCGUUUCCAACAGGUUCUUGAUCUAUUUAAAUCGUAUUUGAAGCUUUAUGUUGGCGUUUUGCUCGUCAACAUACUUUGUAUGCGCGCAAUUUUCUUGUGAAUUUGCUGUCUGUGUCGGGAUUGGUGUCGGUUUGAGGUGCGUACUGCUAGCCAACCAGUCUUAGGUUUAGACAACUGCGAAGUUCUUUUUGAAUUUAGAACCCUAUAUAUAGAUGUCUAUAUUAUAGGACAGUCUUUUUUGAAGUUCCUUAUUCUGUGUUUCUGGAGAUUGAUUUAAAAGGAUAUUAUAGACACCAUAUUACAAAAAGCGCAUGCAAAUGUAUUUAUUUAUAUUAUCUUAUUAUUAUUUCCAUUUCUGCAAUAUUAUUUUCAUUUGUAAAUGCCAUAAGAAGUCAUUACUCAAACCAAUAGUUCUGUUAUACAGUCGACUCUCUCUUAACAGGCACCCCUAUAAGACAGACACCUCAGUAAAAUUGACAUCUAGAGUUAGUCCCAGCCUCUAUAAGACAGACACUCUUAGUGCAAUUCCCAAAUUAAAGGUGUCUGUCUUUAUUUUGAUAUUACAAGCUGAUACAUGUGUGCAACAUCUAGUUUUUUUUUUACAUGUACUUAAUUUAUUAUUUUUUGAUUAAAGAGUCUCUGGUACAUACCAAUAUUCCUGUAUCUGCUAAUUAUGAAAAUAAUUUGGUAAAGAUUCAUACGUUUCGUCACAAAAGUUAAUUAGUAUUUCCCACAGAUAAUCAUCCACAUAUAUUUUUAGAUGACUUAUAAUAGACAUUUGGUGGCUAUUUUAAAACAUGGGAAUGUUAGCAUGACAACCUCAUAACAUUUACAUAGAACACCUACCUGAUCCAUCGGCAGGAUUCUUACGAAUAAAUAGCUGAGAUUUUUCUGUACAAAAGAAUAUAUUUUAUCCCCACUUGAUCACAACUUUGUUAGUAAAACACUGUGUUAAAAAUGCUCUUUACUGAAGUUUUCUAGAAAAUUCUUGUAAUAGUUUUUGUUGCUAAGGAAAGUAAAAAUUGCAUCAUACGAUUAGUGUAUGAGAAAACAUGCAAAAAGUAAUAUACCAACUUAAUUAUAAGGCAACAAAUUUCUAGAAAUGAUGAUUGAAAUUUUAAGUCCCUUUCUUAAUUACCGGUACGUGAAAGCCUGAUGUUUAGCGUUAUGUGAAAGGACUAGCUUCUAGAGAGAUGAUCACACCCCAGGGUAACUUAACUAUUUACUGUUCACAGUCCCUGAUGGUUUAGAUAAAGUGUGAUAGCCCACAAGAGUAGAUGCCUUUUCUUGGUUCACGACCACUGAAACAGAGCUGGGAAGGGUGUUGCAUGCUAAUAAAUUCAAGAGACUGCCAUUCCCAUGGAGAGGGGGGGCUGUUCAGGGAUGCUUCUCAGAAAGUUGGAUAUUAUUAAACCCUCAAAUAACACCAAUCUGGGCAUGGCUAAUCAAGUUUUAUUUGACCCCAUUCUAAAAACAGACAGUGAAAUAAGAGCUAUUUAAAGUAAUUUUAAUUAUCAUUAAGAUUUUGCUAUUGAAGGCUUUUUUACUCCCGUAAAUACCAAUGAUAUCACAUCCCCAUCCCUUCUCUCCUUGCCUAAUUUGCAGUCUCAUAAGGACUUUACCCACCAUUAUUCAGCUUAGCCUACAAUCAAGCCUUUGGCGAUAGUAAGUUGUGUGAGGUUUAAUGUCUGAAUGAACACCAAAUUUACAUCAGAAAGGGUUGUCCCGAUGAUAGAUUUGAAAUGCUAUUAGCACCAAUGAAGAGGUUCAAGCUGAGUGACAGUUGGUGAAAUUGAUAAAAUAUAUUAUUUUAUUUAAUGUUAAUAAGUUGUCAACAUUAAAUUCUGCAUCUGAUUCAACCUCAAAAUUUUUCAAUUAAAUUUAACUUCAUUUGAUUUUACUCUAAUGCCUUCUGUUUUUUGUUUCUUAGGUAUAUUCACGUGAGAAUACUUUUCAGUUUGAAGGACACAGCAGCAUCUAUUUUGGAGAUAAUCAAACCUCACAAUUUCGUACUCCUCUCCCCACACCAUCUCCAAGCAAAGUUCUAAAACCGUCUCCAAGAACCCAGAAUCAAUCCUGUCUUCCUGUAUGGGUUGAGCCCUUGGGAGUUUGGUUGACAAACAGAAAGGUAGGAGCUAGCCUGCACCACAGAUGUAACAGGGUCUAGACGGGGUGGAGGCCCUGAUCCAACAUUCCUGCUCCUUUUCCAGGAUAAUCCCGCAUUCUGCACUUUUUUCGUCACUUUCCCAAAUCCCCUUUUUUUGUUUCCAAAAUUUUUAAGUGAAAAAAGACUAAUUGCUGCAAAAGCUAAUAAAUGUAAGAUGCAGAUUGGCCCCUUUUAUUGAUAUUCUGAAUUUAUGCGUGUUUUAAGGCCAUUUGCAGAAGUGAUAUAGCCUCUCAUAUCUUAGUAUGACAAAGUGGAAGGAAAAGAGCACAAGAAAUGAAGAGGGAGACAAGAUAGGACAAGGGACACCACCGAACUUGAUUCACAGUUGCCACUAAAAUGUACGAUUUCUCGAAUUCCUGACUGACAGGCAAAAAAAUUUCCCACAUACUGUGCCCAAAUUUUUGUGAAUCCUGUUUUUGGGGUAGCAGUCAGAUCCCAUUUCCCGUUAAGAUAUUUUGUGUUUUCCCAAAUCCCGCAGACUAUUUUAGUCAAAUCCUGGAUCUCAAAAAACACCCUUCCACACCCUGAUGUGACGUAACCCAGUGAGUAACAUCUGUAAAGCUAGCACCAAUAUCUUUGUUCUGGCCCUGCUACGGACUCAACAAAUUACCAGAAGUACAUUUCAAAUAAUCAACAAUGGCUAUUUUAUUAGGCCAAUCAUGGCUCGUACUCAAAUCCUGGUACUUAGGUGGAACAGGGAUUUUAAUUUUUGGUGCUGUUUCGCAGAGGAACUUAACCCAGAAAUUAAUUUUCAUCUGUGGGGCAUGCUAGGUAGGAGCAUAAUAAUAUUAUAGAAAAGAUGGGUGGAGUUGUAAUACUGUUAUGACCAACUGAGGGGGACAUUGGGGGCUACGGUAUUGUGGUAUCAAGCUUUUUUUCAUGCUUUUUUUUAAAGCUGAACUGUAAGCUAUAUUUUAAUGAACGAAAAUGUUUUGUUCAACUCAUUACCUCAUGUUUGCACUGUAUAUUCAGCUUAGGGCAAAAAUGCUUAAAAUAUGUUUCUCACCUAAACAGUUAUCAGAAAUUAAAAAAAAGGGUUCAUAUGCCAAUAACUAAUUCUUUCUUUUUAUGUGGAGUGUAUAUGUAUUACCCAGUUGAACAUGAUCUAUAAAUGUAAUGUAAUUUCUACUUGCAGAAGUGUAACAACUACGAGACCUUCACAAGAAAUGUUGGGCUUCUACGUCGUACUAGCGACAUGUUCUUGGUAAUGAAAUUUUAUCCUCGGUUCAUAAUCUAUUUUCCUUUGUUUCAAACUCAUGUCAUUAUUUCCGUAUCCGAAAACUAACUUUACGUGUAGAUGUAAGUAGAACUUGAAACAGGAUCUGAAGGACUUUAACUGAACCACCACAUCUACAAACACGAAAAAGACCAGAAAAUAAUGCAUAUAUAAGUCGAUUGUAUAUAAUAUUGGUACUCAUUUUCUGUACUUGUAAUGUUAGCUUAAUGUUACAUUGAGUGGAACAUGGUGCGAACAAUAUCUGUAAUGUGUCCUUCUCUUCAUGAAAGCGUCGUUCCUCAGACCAACAAAGAUAAUCCUUUGUAUAGUCCCCAUAUGUCCUUCAGAGAACUGUUUUCUUUAUGUGCAAUAUUAAUUUGCGUUUUCCAUGCCUUUUUUUUUGAAAAAGGACCCCUGUCCGCACGUUCCAAGAUGUUCCCAUGAACGGACAUUAUCAGCCCUUCGACGCCAAAAGCAAAGGUUCAAAACCGAGGAGGAAUUGAAGAAGCAAGAGGUUUGUGUCUUGUUAAAAAACAAAACAAAACAACGACACUUUAUUAAUAAGCAAAUAAAAUUACAGAAGUAUUGCCCGCAGCUAGCAAGGGUAUGCGAAGCGGGACAAUGCGUGCAAAAUAUGAAAUUCAGACUAAGGCUAUUAACUAAGGAAAGUUUACAGCUUACGCUUGGUUUUCUUUCCUUAGUUUCUCAGCGGUUCCGGUCAUAGUUGAGAAAAAGUUAAAAGAUUUAGCAGAAAUUUAGUAAGAAGCCGGGAGUGAACGUGAACACGUCCGACUAGUACGCUCUUGGUACCAGUCCCAAACAAGGUCUUUUUUUGUUACUGUAAAUUUAUCUAAUUUCAACUAACAAAAUCAAAGAAAACCAACGUAGUAAAGGAAGCAUGUGUUUGUAAUCUUUAAUUGCCAAACGUGAAAAAUUCGCGCGCGAAAAUGAACCAAUUUUUAGACAGCGAGAAAGUUCUCGUAAUGAAUGCCGAUAACAAGAAGUGAAAAAACUGACAACUUGUAGAUACAACUUUGGAAGCUGCAGUUAUAGUAACCUGUAGUAAUGACUUUGGAAGCAACUAAGCGUUUUACAUCUAAGGUUGCGUUUAAUGCUCAGCCCCGUGGUAAUUUAGUAGAAAGAAGAGUAUAUGAAUAAAUGGGUUAAGUUUUAAAAACACCACAGAGCGGGAACACAAUUCUUACAACCGAACAGGGUUGUUUUUAUUUUAACCAGUGCUGCAAGUAAGGAAAAGAAAGGGCAGUGUGAUAAAUAAUCAGAGUAGAUGUAACUAACGUUGAAGCGAUUUUCAAGUAAUUGCCAAGAAUGAAGACAGAUUAUUUUUUCUUAAUUUCAGCGUCACUUUCGAAUUAUAGAAAAAGUUCAGCAGAUUCGUGAUGUUUGGGAACAGUGGACAGAAAAAGCGAAAGCAGCUGGGCAGGAACAUGAAAGUAGAUUAAACAGCUUUAGGAGAAGUCGAGGUAAUUUUGGAAUUGUUAUGGGGCUUGAUCGCGAUCCAGGAACUCUUGAUUUCUUUGAAGCUGACAUUGUUUUGUUACACUGGGUACGGGCGCAGGGACCGGCGCACAAAAAAGGGAGGGAAGGGCGAGAAAAGCAGGAAAGCGAAAUAGGGGAAGGGUCCCUUUGGACAGUUUGAAUUAUGAAGCUAUAGCUGGGUCGGUCCUCGUUCUAUAUCCUCAUAGCAGUUUUGUUUUGUUUAUACGAGAAGGCGGGCAAGAAGGCCAACCCGCCUUCUCAUUUAAACACAGAGAAACAUUUAUGAGGAAAUAAGGUGCGAUUCGAGCCAGCACGCGGUCAAGCAGGCCACUGCCCGUUUUGGCCGCCUCAUCUAGACAGGCCCUCGAGAUUCAGUUUACAGUGGAACCUUGAUAUAACCAACCUCUAUAUAAUGAAGUCCUCUUUAGAACGAACGAUUUUCUUUACCCCAGUAAUAGUAAAACAUAUGGAAAAGAAACUCGAUACAACGAAACCUCGUUAUAGCGAACAAAUUUUGCCAGUACCUUGGCACUUCGUUAUUUCGCGGUUCCGAUCCACUGUAUAUAGAUUAGUGGCUCAGAAAAAGGCGACUUGAUACAUAUAGAGCACAGGACGCUCCGGCUCAGGCCACUGUUAUAUCACACGCUUGAAUUGGAUGUUAGUCUGUAGCGGAUCCAAGCACGAGUAAAUUGCAAGCAUCCGGAUAACGACAGAUGGCAUGGAGUUUACCUAGUCCCUGUACGGCGUUUUUUCCGUUUACUCUCGGUCAAUUCACUUCGGUGACGUAUCCGAGGCGAACGGGCGGGAAACGCCUAGACAAAAACAGAAUGCGCAUGCGUGCGUUGCUUUUUGAAAUUCUGGCCUACGUGAAACGCUUUGGCCGCGCCGAAAAAUGAGGCCUAGGGACUAGGCAAGCAUGGAGCAAUAUUUCAGGGACCUAGGAGACUUUAGGUGUUAUUUGAAGAAGGGUUAACUUUAAGUAAGUAAAGUGAACCGUUUUUUCCCUUCCUUUGUGUAAACAGAUGGUUACUCUGAUCCAGAUGAAAUGAUAAAAAAGAAAAGGGAGGAAAGAAUCGAACGUGAAAGAUUGCUCCGCAUUGAAAGCGAGAAAAGAAGGGAGGAGAUUUUACGAAAGAAACGUUUUAGACUUCCUAAAAUAAUUGUCACGUACUACGAGGUUCAGACACGUCCACAAUCUCAGUGCUCAGAUGUGGAGAGAAGGCUGCCACAUUUAGUAAACAUUCCAGGUGGCUCUCAACGCGGUAAACAAAAUGAAGAUAGCGAUAGUGAUUCUCAAGGAAGUAGAGGAGAUAGACUUGAAAUUCCUGAAAGGCUUUCGCCUCAAGAAUUAUCCCUCAAAGAGAUGAUGUUGCUAGAAGGAGGUGAGGAAAGCGAGACGUUGUUUCUUAAAAAUGGGACUGAAACACAAUCUCUUAAUGGUUGCAUUUCUAAGGAGUACGAUGUUGUCGGCGCUGAUAUAAACGUCACCUUGCAAGAUAACGAAGGAAAUGAUUCAGAAGGUAAGGCUUUAGAAGGGUCAAAUCAAAAUGGCUCAUUAGAGGAGGAACAUUUAGAACUAGAUAAAAAUGAAACUGUCGCAGAAGAAGAUCUUGUGCAUGUGGCGCCGACUGAACCAACUAAAAGUGUAAACAACGAACUCACGCAAAAGUCUCAAAUGGUUAAUAAUACGAUGGAUGAGCCGAGCACGUUAGCCUCCGAACAGAGAGAGACACUUGAGAAACAUUUGGAUGACCAAAGCAAUGCUGACAUCACAAAAGACUCAGAGAAUUUUGAAGGUAAAGGAAUGGAAGAAAAAGUUGACGGGAAAGAAAAUAAAGAAAGACUGAGAAAGGAGGAAAGUGAGAAAAAUUUGGAAGAGAAAGAAAAUGAAGGAAAAGUGGAAGAAAAACAAAGCAAAUUGAAAGUUGACCAGGAAAAAGAAAGGACCAACGAAGAAAAGGAGAAACAAAUGAACUAUCUUGUACCUCCAGUGGCUGGUGAAUACGGGUCUGAUAACGCCUCCAUAGGAGAUGCAGAUUACACAGGUAUAAUGAUAUCCAAAUUAAAGACUCCAGGCUUUUGUGGCUCAGUCAGAACUAUAGUAAUUAUCACCUUUGUUUGAAGCAAAUCAGGAAGAAAAUAAGGAACCUUGGGCUCCGUGAUAUUUCUUCAGGAUAUUAUAAGUUCGCGCUCAAGUUGUGAAGGUGCAUGACAGAAAAGGUGCCUUUCGCAUAUUUUCCAUUGAAAAAUGGUACCCCUUUUACAUACUUUGUUUAGAACUUUGCAUCCUGCUGUAAAUGCACUCUUUUUAAGAUAUGAAAAAACCUCAAACCAUUUUCCCAGUCAAAACCCUCUGGUUAGAACUUCUCGUAAACAAACACCUCUCAAAAGCGACCGCGACCACUUUUUGUGUUGAGAGUUUUAUAAUUUUCCAUCUUUUUUAACCUCUUGUAAGCGAUCGCUUUUGUAGCCUUAAGAGUUUUUCUUCUUGCGCAGAAACACAAAUGAAAUCCGGCACGAAACACCAACACGAAUGACGAGAGCUUGCUUGCGUGCUGCCUCCUUAGUGGACCCGGGUUGGUGUUCUUGCUUUUUUAACGACAUCGUAUUGCUUAAAUUCACAGCUUCAUUUAUGUCCGCGUUUGUCCCGGUGGCAUUGGGCGUUGGCAAUGGUGUUAUACCCAAUAAUGCAAUGCGAGCGUCAUCUGUGCUAGAUCGUUACCACGUCCCUAGCCAGGCGCGGCUGAAUAACACCAGACAGGGGAAGAACGCCGGCGCCUGGAAACCAAAAGUCAGUGACAAGAAACAAUAUUUAGAGGUCGAUCUGGGAGCUCUAACAAAAGUUACUCAGGUUUGUGUUAUAGUUUAUCUUGUGUUUCUAAUCUGACUUGUAUGGAUCAUAUGAUAAUUUUUUUUGUCCUUUAUAAUCCAUUAGAAACUCAUCAUGUGAAUCCCUACCAGCCGUAAUUAAUUAGUGUGCAAUAAUUUUUAUGCGAAACGGAUUAUUGUUGAGAUUAUUGUUGUUUAUUGUUGAGUUAAAGAUGUAAGAAAAUUAGAAUUCAUACUGCCGUCUUGUUCCGUAAAUUUCUGAGACUAUUAUGGCAGUUUGGAACAGAGCACUUGGCCAUCUUUGUUGACCUCCAUACUGUCCCUCCAAAUGAUCCCAGGAAGCUUUGUGGUCGCAUUUCGUUCCCAAUUUUUCACUCGUUCUUAACAUGGUGAAUUGUAUUUGCUUCUCACUUCAUAGGUGUCCACUCAGGGUUACCCCACCCCUAGCAAGGCCAAAGUACAUAAGAAAGACAGGUGCUGGGUGGAGUCGUACACACUGGCUUUCAGUACAGAUGGCUCACAAUGGCAACCUUACAUUGAAAAUGGCGUUGUUAAGGUAACUAGUCAUUGACCAUUUGGGCAUACGGAACUCACUGCUUGAGUGACCGCCAAACAAAGAGCUUUCUAGUGUGCAAUUGCUCAAUGCCCAAAGCGACCUCCAUUGAAUCAACCAUAUCAAUGCUCAAUUGCGCUUUGCAAAAGUUCCAAAAAGUGUAAGAAAUAAAAAGUAUAUGACUGUAUAAAUACAAGAAAUACAACUAAUUGUGAUUUAUUUCUUAUUUCCAAAUUAGUGCUAGUUCUUCUUGCUAUCAAAGUACGAAACAGACCAUUCGGUAUUGUUCUGUAAACAAGCACGAAUUGACUUUUAUUAGGCUUGAAAGACGCCGCACAUCGGUGUGAUUUUGGCCGAUAAAUACGGUUGUUUGUCAGUUAUAAUCAUGCCUAACCCUUCUUUUAUUAAAACAUGUUUAAAAAUACAUGUUUUGUUCUUAUUUGCAGUGUUUGGUUCAUAAACUGUAACUCUAAACACCUGUAAAACGCAACAAUAAUAAUGGCAAGUAUUCAAGAACUAGAUAAAUCAUAAUUGUAACAAAUAAAUAUAAAUUACAUUAUGAUGAGUUUUAAACGAGCUUUAACGGUGUUUUAACUAUGAAAAUGGGAAAAUCUUUUCACAUCUUUAUUAUUCAAUGAUUAAAUUCAAGUAAAUGAUAAACUGAUCGCAAAAGUUUAACGACUAAGUAAAUGAAUGUUUUAAUCGUUUUCUGAGCUCGAGCUCUAACAGGGUUAACAAUGUCGAGUCUAUAUUUUGAGUUGCCCCCGGUUUUGGUUCAUUUCUGAGUUGCCCUUAGCCUCUUUUUCAGAAUAUGAGUAAGUGCAAGUUUUUGAUAUGAAACUGAUUAUCUGUUAUCAUUCCAUUUUUUCAGUUAAGUUUUUGCCCUAAAAGUGAAGGUUUUUAAAAUUCGGGAACGAUCUAUAAAUGAAGCUUAGAAACUGAAAUUCCGUUUUCAUUAAGCAGAUACAAGCUCGUCUGCGUAGGGGAAUUUUAACGAUGAAGGAAAGAAAAGAUAAAAUGUGAAGUAUCUUAGUUGUUCCCUUUCUUUCCCCCAACUGCGUCUGUCUGCCCAAUUGCCUUCCCCUCCCACUGAGCGGCUGCCGGUCUUGUGUGGAUCAGUAGAAGCUGACUCGGGUUUGGCCAGCUUGGACAUCAAACAUAUGCAUAACGAUAAAAAAAACAUUGUUUAAAAGAAAAAUAUAUAACAAGCGUAGUAAACAACACAUUCCUCGUACACUACGCUAGUGAUAAACACUAAACAAAGUAUUCUGGUUGUCACAAACCUCAAAAACUAUUAAGGUAAAAAACGGUAAAGGCGCACUGACAAGCCAAAGGCUUAAAUGACCGGAGCUUAUCCCUGUUUCCUUAUAGCAUGAAGCAUGCGUAGGAGUAUUUAUACUCCCCCUUGGACGGGAUACUUGUCCAUCGCAGGAUUACCCCCCAGCAGUAUGUCGCUGGUACCCAUUUAUACUCCUGGGUGAAGAGAGACAAAGUGCAGUAAAGUUCCUUGCCUAAGGAAACAACGUGACGGGCGAGGCUUGAACCCCGGAUCUCCAGAUCCGGAAUUCGAGGUGGUAAUCGCUCGGCCACACACGCCUCCAAAGAAAGCUAUUAAGGGUUAAGGGUUAUUUUCUCAUCACACCGAUCCUCCCGGAUUUACACGACGCACCUUUGUCGCAUGCGAUGUGCGACGAUAAUAAUACGGCGACUCGAGUAUCGUGUAAAUUAAACCUACAACUGACUUGCUUGAUGUACUACUUAUCUUAUGUUUUCAAUUUGGUGGCAGGUUUUUAACGGAAACAAGGACAACAAUGCAGUCGUUAUCAACAGCAUUUUAUACCCUUUUGAAGCGAGAUUUGUGCGAUUUCUACCGCAGUCGUGGAAAAACAGUAUCGCUUUGAGGGUAGAAGUUUACGGAGAAGCUGUAGGUGAGCAUUGCGUUUAUCGGCUUAAAGUUCUUUUUCAUCUUGCUUUUGUCACGCUAGCCCACUUAACAGAAACGCAUACCUAAUCUGUUUCCAAAAGGUCCUUAGAAAUGUAAGUUAGGCAUUUGUUAUGCUUGUUUCAAAAGGCGUCUUACUCAAAAAUUUCCUCCACUGAGCUGUGUUUGGAGGUGAUGAACUUGUUUCUAUCCGUUAGAGGCCGAAUAAAAUACUAAAAUGUUAGUUGGUGUUGACAGGUAAUUAGGCUAUUCUGACGAUGAAGUCGUUUGACUUAAGUUCGUUUUUGCUUUCUUAUAUAAACUCGUCAAUCCCGCCGAGGUUUAAGAAACAAUACCUAAUUUGCACAAGAAAAGAACAAACUGAAGAAUUCUGGUAGUUUUCGCAAAUGACGUCAUCGUGCAUUUGUCCUUUUAAAGCUUUCAUUUCAAAGUAGGAAAAUUCUGUUAAGGCUGAGAAGUACAAUUUAAAAGAACUUAGUUUAUGUGUGUAAUUACACAGGGGAGAAAAAGUUUUACAGAAGUUUAGUUAAAGGAUUCUCUUCCUCCUUGAGACGGCCGAGGGAUGAAAAAAGAGAAUAGUUAUAACAGCUCUGCAUUUUUUUCUUACGUCUCUUGUUCAUGCCUGAAUACACUAAAGAUUGCUCACGAGGCAACAAAUGCUGCAGUAAAUUAAAGUAGUCAAAAGUUUGUUAUAAUUUAAGUGAAAUGACAACCAGUAACUUCACUGUGUUCAUAACUUUUUUUCAAGAAUGCGAUCUAACGAGCGUAACACCACCCCCGACGUCUAUAUCCACCGAAACCGAGGAGGGCCUAAGAGAGCAUGAAACGAUCGUGGAGGAGAAAGAAGAAGAGGAAGUUGAGCAGUUUGUGUGUGAAACUGAAGAAGAGCUUGACGAGCAAGAUGUUUGGGAGGAAGAUACUGUUGUUUCUGUUGUGGAGACUGCUUCACAGAUUCAAAGUAAAGGUAUGGACAAAGCAAUGUUGCAAACUCACUUCUAGCCUGUUUCAAAUACAUCGAGAACGAGUACGUGACAACCGCAUGGGGGCUGGGAAAAGACGGUAAAGUGGAGCCUGCCUGUAAACAUUGUUUUCAAUACUUCAUUUCGGUAUGCCAGCUCCUGGUAUACCCUAUGAUUGGUCAAUUGUUACUGUUAACGUCAACAUUGACGUCAAUCGCUUCGCGCUUCGCGAACGCAGAGUCAAACAAACAUGAAGAGUGUGUGAAACCCUCCUACACUGCACAUUUUGACAUUUAACAUUUUGACACAAGAAACAGUUUUUCUGGAAGUGCCAAAGGAGGGGGGAAGUUUGGGGCGGGGGGGUGGGGGGAUUGGUGUACUGUGCGGACUGAGUUAUUUAAAAAUAUGCUUACAGGCUUGCCCCUUCUGUCUUUCCGCCGUUUUUCGCUCGCUCGCUCGCUCGCUCGCUCGCUUUUUCGCCGCUUCCCUGCUUUGUUUGCUUGUUUGCAGUGACCGAAAGCCUGGCACAGGCUAAGGGGUCGUUUCUAGUAGUAAUAAGUUUUAACAUUUUUUUCUUGAUCGGCUAAGUUCGACGUUGGCAUAUCAGCCAGGCUCGCUGAUAACUGGGUGGGCAUAUUAAAGGAAAAAAUGUUGAGUCAUUUUGAUCAGUUGAUCAAGCCAAAAGACGAUGAGUUAAUUACAACUCUUAGGAACGAUCCCCCUUUGUAAAUCGUUCUUGGACCGCCAGCUACAGGGUGAAAACUUGUAAAACGAGGAAGAAACAAAUGGGAACUCGAUUUGAUGCAAAUCAUAUUGUGUUAUACUAAUUCACUUAAACUUGCCAAGUUAUUAGGGAGCUUAAGGGCCUGUUUACAUGGAGGUGGGGGAACCCCAGGUAGGUGAGGUAACCCGCUUAGCUGGGGUAACCCGUUUGUCCAUAUAAUCUCUCAUUUUAAUUUGAUCACGCUUACAUGAUAGGUGGGGUGACCCGCUAUAUUUUGCCUCACCUACCUAGGGUCCCCCACCUCCAUGUAAACUGGUCCUAAGCUACGACGACGGCAACGGCAAAGAGAACGGCAAAAAAGCAACAGGUUGAGAUUGGCAAAACAAUAACUUUGCACGUGCGUCGUGCUUUUUUGUACAUUUCUUUGCCGUCACUGCACGACCACGACGUGAAAUUUCCUAAUUUCACCUUUUAUGGAGGACGUGAACACCCCACAACAAUUUUCUUUUUCUUUUUGUGAACUUAGAUGCAAACCUUUAGAAUUCAACUCCUGAAAAAAAUCGCCAACAUUUGACAAAUUAAAAGAGUUGAGUAAGGGCGAUAAAUUUUGAAACAGCGGGAAUUCACUCUUUGGGAGACGUUUUCGCUGCCGUUGCCGACGUCACUGCUUAAGCUCCCUAUUCACUGGAGUAUAGUACGCCGUGUUGUAGUGGCUCUGAUGGAAGAAGUUUAAAUAUUGUUUAAUUAGAGGGAUUACCCCUCCCCCGGAGUUUUGCAGGCUAAUCUUAAAGGUCUUUAUAUCUUUUGUUAACGAGAUACACCUGAUUAAUGGAAGGGAAAACGAGUCUGGGAUUUUAUCUGAAGAGAGUUUUAUUUUCUGUGGUGUUAACGUACCUUUUGUGACUAAUUUGUUAGUUGCAGUGGUGUCUCAAAGUACUUCAUCAAUGGUCGGUCUCACAGUCCAAGGAGAAAAGGUUUGUUUUUAAGUUGUUAAUAACAACAAAAGAUGGUCACCCAAUUUUAGUGGGGCAUUAUGUUCAAUAGAAUCCGUGGUCUGGGCCAUUUAAAAUUUGGGUAACUUCUGUGACGCGUAGGUUAAUUACGCGCUUUAGGAAACAUUACUUUCGACCAAAUAUAGGUUAAAUUUUUGUUUGAUAAAGUUGAAUUACUUACUUUGAAGUAGUCUUUUGUCCUUUAUGGUCAGUUCUUUCACAGUGUGAGUAAUUCAACUUUAUUAAACAAAAAUGUACCCUCUAUUUUGUCGAAACCCAUGUUUCCUAUAGCCUAUGGGUUCACUGCAGGCAAUAUCAGGAUAUACAGAUCAUGCAUGCUUGGAAUCGUUGUCUGUUAAAAAGGGCAGAUUUUUCUCGGUUGAAGGGUUUAUCAGUUGGCUUGGACAAUUUAAAAGCCUCAAUAGUCACCACAAGCGAAAUUAUUCUGAUAGUCGAGAGGUUUAGGAAACUUGAUAAAGUGGCACUUUUUUUUUGUCGUUUACUGUUCAUUUUAUCUAGUGCGCAAAAAAAUGUGGUUUUAUUCCAUUUUCAUCCGUAAGAAUUAUUUUGGACAGUUUUUAUCUGCUCAUUUCCUUAUUUGAGAAACUGUAAACUUAAAUCUGACAUUGUCUUUGCUGUAAACGUGAUUCUAAGUCUCUCUACUCGAACAUUUGUUACCCGUGAUUUUGACCGUUUGAUUAAAUUUCAAAGCCCUAAAUUAGACCCGAGUCAAACGUCGAACUUCACGUGAGUCGACUUUAAUGUUAAUAAGCGAAAACAAUAGAUUUUGCUCAUUGGCAUUAGAUCUGAUACAUACAAAGUUCGUCGUUUGACUCGGUCCUGAGCACAUAUUUGAGGCUGGCGACUUCUGGUAUGAUUAGACACUCUUGAACAGACAAGUUACUCAUUAUUUAAAGUCGCAAGACCUAAAUGCGUGAUUGCAAAGAAUCAUUGAGCGCCAUCUUUGUCAGUUUAGGGCUGAUGGGAUAAAAGCAAUGUCACGUGGUUUCUUAGGGUCAGUUUUUUUAAAUUCUAGACAAAAAAUGAAAAAAAAAACCAACGUUUUAUAUUAAAAACAAUUAUGGAAAGUUAUGGGUGGAAGUGAUCUCGUUACUUUUUUGAUGCAGUAGCGGCCGUAGAUGCCAUCACAGCAAGCAAUAAUGACGAAAAACUUGUCGAAACUCCAACUGUAUAUUUUGCAAAACCUAACUCGUCGUCUCGCUUUCAGAGAAUAAACAAACUCGACCGCGAUGACUUAUACUGUACUUUGUCACUUGUUUGCACUCCCUCCCCACCCCUGAAAUACCAUGUGACAUUGUUUUUAUCCCAUCAAUGCUAAAGCGCGUGCAAAGAUGGCGGGUAUCGUGAAUAAGGUUUAUUCACGGAAAGUUUUUUAAGGUGAUUGUAAUGCCUUUUUUUUUCGAUAGCAAUCUGAAACUUCGAAAGCUAAGCGAAAGUCCAAGAAAUCAAAGCAAGACAAGUCAGAAGAAAACGAAGAAAAAAAGAAAAAGAAGAAGAAGAAGAAGAAAAUUAAAGAAAAGAAGACAAAGCAAUCCCUCGUUACCAGUGUCGCUCUGUUGGAGGAAAUCGAGGAAGAAGGUGAAGGCUCGUCUCAGGAAGAACAAGAAGAAGAAGAAGAAGAAGCAGAGGCACAAAUCAAGUCACCCUCCCUCCCUGAAAUCCCUAAGAGACCAGGUAUGCCUUGUACUCUCUGUGCUACCGUCCAGAGCCGAGGAGUACUUUGUAGUCUAAACUUGUGCAAACUGGGUCUUCACGUUGCGUCCCUCAUCUUUGGGUUCUUAAGAAAGGACGACGGCGAUGGCCAACUUUCCUGGAGAAUUGACGUUUUGCGAUUUAAAGCUAUUGUUUUUUUUUCGUUCACGGUGUCUUAGUUGUCGGCCAAAAAAAUCACUUGAUUGCAAAAAUGCGUUAUUUGAUUAAGACACCAUAGUGUGCACUUUAUACUAUACAGAAGACAACCGAGGCGGCUUAUCAAACUUUUGGCAUUAGUUUACGUCUUAGUAGCUUGAUUGAAGAUAAAAAACAAGCAGUGGAGAUAAACGUGGUAAACCAGCGCCAAGUUUAUUAUGAAAAGUUGAUUGUUGAUUAACCGAAGUGUUUAUCAUCGCUAUCCGUGUUUUAUUUGUUUCGUACUUUUUAAAUAACUCUGUCUACUCAAAGUUUAUGAGUUAGUUGUUUUAAUGAUCACCCUUACGAAGCUCCGUUUUCUGAAAUUCUUGCCGAUGGACCUGUCAAUGGAUGCUCUUGAAAUAGCAACCACCAGUUAGGUCCCGUUUUUAUGGAGAAAAGUUGCUCCGGGUAGAAGGGCUACUUGCCUACCCGAGCUACCCUGGACGAACCAACUUUUCAUAGAUUUUCUUACAAAACUUGACGACUCGUUAACAUGAGAAACAAAUCGUUGGCUCAACUAAGAAGGAUGAUCCGUCUAUCUGGGUCAUCCUCUUUUGAUGGUAAGGUCACCCUUCUAACCAGAUUUACUUUUCUUCAUAUACAGCUAAGGCUCAGCAGGGUCAACUCGAUCAAGGCGAGACAAUCAGAGCAUGCGCGAGCGCCGUUGGUUCGGGCAAAGGGGGUCAACAUUUUUCUCAAAUGAACGCUCGCUAAAGUUGGCUCAACUGGUAGGGUGACCCUCUUCCCUGACAAAUUGUCUCCAUAUGAAAGGGGCCUUAUUAAAAAUUCCUCAAGUUGGUCCCUUCCCCAGAUUCAUUGUACUAUUGUAGUUACUUUUUUAUUGGGAGAGUCUUUGUAUGUCAUUAAUGCACGUGCCUACCUUAGAUUACGAUCACUUUCUAAAAGCCACGAAUAAUAAAUUUUUACCAAAUCGUAAUUUGCUCUUCAGAGAGUGCCAUUCGGAUACCAGCUCCACCUAAGCGAAGCUUCAGUAUGUUCCCGGUUAGAAAACCUGAAGAACCUGUUAAACCUCGCAGGCGCCGUGCACAGACCGAUGACAGUAUCCGCAAUGAAUUGUUACGUCAGCAAGUUGCUGAGGAUAGAAGAAGGAAACUCGCGGCGGCUAUGGAGAAACCAAAGAGAGAGGUUCAAGCACAGAGUCCUUUACAUGACAAUUACAGUGCACGCAAUGAAUUAGGUGAGUGGGCUUUGGCUUGUGCGACAAUACUAAUGAACAAUACUAGUUAGCAACAGAACGGGGACGUCUGUUGACGAUGGUAAAGCGCGGGAAAAGAACUAAACGCGACUUCCGGUGCCCAAUUUGCUGCUCUGCCAUUGGUCAAGGUGUUACUUUGAUCUGCGCGCGCCGUCGUCACUGCCGUCGCGUUGUCUUUACUAAAUCUGUCUAAUAAGGUAAUCUCACUGUGGUGUUUAUCUGUUGUAGAUGAUUUUCUGACCAAGUACUGCAUAAUAAGUGAAGGGCAAUCUAAUUAUUAUCGGCGGAUCUUCAAGACCGUAAGUCUUUAAUUUCCUACAGUAAUAAGUCUCACACGAUUCGCGCUUGUGUGCUUUUUUCCUCCUUACAGUCAAACCAGGUCAAGCGUUCCCGUCACUAGCAAACUAAUGAAUUCAUUAAUGGAAAAAUGAUUUCGUUUGUUGAUUCAAUAAUCCAUUCAUAAAAUAAAUAAUCGAACAAUCAAAUUGGACCUCGAUUCAAUAAUUAAAUGUUGAUUUGGUUUAUAUACAAAAUCUACCUGUUCUUUAUUCUUGUCUGUUGAGUUCAAUCGUCUUUGCUUCCCUUUUCCUGCCGUUUACGACUGCGUUUGUAAUUGCCUUUAAUCAAAAUAACAGCUAGAAGAGACAGACCGCAAAUACAAAGAAACUGACAAAGGCCGGGGAUCGAAAUCCACCAAUCACCGCACAUACACUGACCUUAGUUUCACUAUCGUGUUUCCUAAGAGGUCAGGUCCGUUGCAGUGAAUACUGGAAACAAAAUGACGUACAUGUAACAGUUUGUUUGGGUUUGAAAGUCAGAACUCGCCCGAACUCGACUCUAAGAAAAAAAGGAGAAAAAAAGUGUAGUUUUUCUAAAAACAGUAAUCGAAUCAACAUUCGAUUAUGGAGUCGAGGCUAAAAUUAAUAUGAAUAUUGGAUAGUUUAUUUUAUGAAUGGAUUAUUGAAUCAAUAAACGAAAUCAUUUUUCCGUUAAUGAAUUUAUUAGUUCGUUAGCGACGGGAACGCUUGACCUGAUUUGACUGUAAGUGUAUGGGAACAGUGCGCCCCAAUAUUCUGCCAUAUUAGGGAGCUUAAACAACAACGACGGUGACUGCUUCAGACUUCAUCGCGCCUAUUCCACCUCGGAUCAAUAGAGGUUUCUGGGUGAGCGACCGCCUACCCCUCCCCUAAGUCACAAUUUUGCCCAAAGUGAGGAGUAAGUGUUAAUGUUGACUUAGGGGAGGGCUCGGUGGUUAGGUACCCAGAAAUCUAAACAUAUCUCCAGUGACAUACAAACUCCACCUUCUCUUUCACCAUUUUUAAAAGGUCUGAGUGCGCUCUUUUGUGUUUUGUCCGUUGGGAAUUUACACCAGUUUGACCACCUGAUUUGGGUAAGUUUACGCCAAUUUUGCUUUUCUAAUUUGUUUAGUUCGACGAGGAUGAGGAUGGAUUUUUGUUUCCUGAAGAAGUUUUAGAAGCCCUGGAAAGCGUCAAUUCCAACUUACUAUCGGACUCCCAUAUCAGUUAUAUUUACCGAGUAAGUACUUUUCACGCCUUGCCUGAUGUUUGCUCCUCUUCACACGGCUUAGGCGAUAAGACAGAACAUUUUCAGUGUACAAACAAACUUUAUCGUGUAAAUUGUUUGUGGGAUGAUUUUAUUUGGUUUUCACAGAAACUCAUAAGGAGUGAUAAGUUUCUGGAUACUAAACCUUUCUUCGGGUGUAGUCGUGAGAUAGCAAAGAAGAGGUACUUAUGGACAGUAUCCUAGUAUCCUCUGUCUGUCUCUCUAGAAACUGUUGUAUAGUAUUUGCAGAGAAUUUACUUCCUACAAGCACAAUGCAAAGAACAUUAAAAUGAAAAAAAGUUUUUGAAGUUAGAACCUGCUUUUAACAGACCGUUUUUCAUUCAAGAUAUUUCGUCAAUUCUCAGUUUCCAGUUGGUUUAAAUCAAAUCUUUGCAGUGAAAAUUGGGGUCUUUUUGUUAAAUAUUUCGCGGUUUAAAAUAUCCUUUUAAGAAUAAAAAUAAAGGAAAGAAAUUUCCGAAUGUUUAAUUUGUUAGUAAUUGAUAAUAAGUAUAUUUCAUAAUUUCUGGUUGUAGUUGUACUGUUUGUUACCGGUCGUUUCGAUACAAGUUUAUUCAGUCGAGUUGUAAUUAGUUUUUUUUUUAUUGAAACGACGCGUUACCAGUUGUACUUACAAUACGAAAUACGAAAUAUAAUCGAAAAAUUGCCAAAACGGCUUCUAAAUGGCUCCAGAAGGAAAUAGACCGUAAAAUGCAUAACACAAACAAGUAAGUCAGAAUUUAGGAUGUAUUUCAUUUACCCCAUUAUAUCCCCUUACAAAAUUCCAAUUCAAACAGAUUUCCGCGUCUGGGCUGUUUUUUUCAGAUUUAUUCCAUUAGUCCCCACCCUCAGGGAUAGUACAAAAUGAAAAUCACCCCAAGAAAAGGCGAACGCGGCGGGGAGAUUCCCGCGCGGGGGUGACAGAGUCGCGGGUUGCCCUACUAUCCCUGGUGGGGACUAGAGUCUAGGUCAGAUAUUGAAUGAAAUGUUACAUUUAUAUAUUACUUAAGUCUCGUUUCUUUGUUGCGGGAAUGCUACCACUUUCCAUUUCAAAGCAAAUGAAGACGUUGCUCUCCACUUUGUCUGCGAAUUUAGUAUAGUUUAUUUCCCCACUUGCAUCUUCUUUGUUGCCUUUUUGCAUCUUUUCUCCGAGGACAAAUGUUGUGAUCCCGAGCAUCUCAAUCAGCAGGGUGCAAUCGUUGCAAGGCGUUUUCGUGACAAACAAUGUAGCGCCUUUGAUUUUCUUGGUGUUUCGCAUGAGGAGCGCGUUCUGUUCGGCGUGGAUGAUGUAUGGGUAUUUCUUCUGUUGCACGUCUUUAUCCUUGUCUGAGGCUCUGGGAAACUCACCAUAAAGCGCCUUUGUAGGGAAUCCGUUCCAUCCGAGAGCCACAAUCUCCCUUUCUUCGUUCAUUAUGACUGCUCCAACUCCUUUUCUUGGAUCAUCUGUGCGCUCAGCUAGGAACUUUGCCAAAGUGAUCAGGUGUGAUGCUUGCCGUUCAUCGUCAUCAUUCUCUUCCGGGUUAAAUGACGAGUCUUUAUCCUGGGAAGAAAUCUUGGAGUGGGCUUUAAAUUUGUAUCCUUUCUCCGAACCAACUAAAAUUGUGGCCAUCCAUUCCAUCAUCCCCUCAAAAUCGUCUUUGACCGGCGUUGUCAUGUUUUCGUCGUCGAACGCAGGCCAAGGCAAAUUCUCUCCUGCUUUCGCCGUCCAUUUUUCGUUCCAAUAGGCGUCCAUAAGCUGAUCCUUUAUCUGAUCUCUGAUGUUCUGCGGAGUGUCUGGAUAUUUUUUCUCCGUAUUCGCGAGUACUUCUUUUCCAGCUCUGGGUGCAAACACAGUCUGACCGAUUGGACUCACUUUAAACAAGUUAUCGACGCGUUGCAUUUCGGCUUUACGAUCCUUUCGGUCUAUGUAUUCUGGUUCAAUCGGGAAGUAAAAGACCCUCUUGAUUUUAGACUGGACCAAAAGCUUUGUGCACAAGGAACAUGGCUUUCUAGAAACAAAGACUUUGCAAUCUUGUAGAACAUCAGGAUGGGCCAUUAAUAGUCGAGCUACGCCGUGGACGCCGUUUCUUGAACAGUCCACUGCAUAGAUCAUAUCAUUGGGCAACACAAGCACCGCUCCAACUUUUUUAAACGAACCAUCUGAGUUAGCUUCGUCAGAACCAAGAGGAAACAUUUCCAUCCAAAGAGCAAGGACCAUGUACAGGUUCUCUUUUGUAAUCCUUAAAUCGCGAUCAGCGUACGAAAGUAGAUUCUUAGCCGCCAUCUUCCUCGUUGACCUUUUAAAAUGCAAAGAGACGCUGUAAAACCAUACUUUAAGACAAUACCAAGAGCCAUAAUAGGACAGCUGACUCAUUGUCUCCAAUUUAAACAUUGGUACGGAUCACUGACUACUACUGUGACACGAUCUUGAAAAGAGGGUCUUAUUUGGGAUAGGGGGGAACUUUGACGGUAAAUCUUUUCGAUUUUGAUACUCUGCGAGCAGAGGUUUCUCUCGCAUGGCUUUUAGCGUUUACGAAGUCGUUGGGGUGGCUUGUCUGUCGCGUAGUUGGUUUGUUAGAAACGGGGCGUAAACAAACCAGCUACGCGACAGACGAGCACGCGAACGACUUCUUAAACGCUAGAAGCCAUGCAAGAAAGAAACCUCUGCUCGCAGGGUACGAUUUUGAAGGUUGGUGGUGAAUUGUUUGGGCUUUUGACGGUUUUAACGGUUUUCUAGAGGAAAUUUAUUCUAAGAAUUGAAGUAAAUAUUAACUUCUCGCAGGUAUUGUUUUUACUGUGGUUGUAUUGGCCUUUUGAUUCAAUAUUCUCUCUUGCGUCACUUCCGAGUUUCUCUGGUUUUUAUCCUCAUUUUGUUUUUCUCUAGUCAUCUAUUUGAAGGAUGUUUUUGGACACUUUUAACUUUUUUUUUUUUUUUUUUUUGCAGUUGUCACCCCUUCUUUACAUAUUUUCUACCAUUUGACCUUACUUUUCAAACAUUUUUUGCCCUAAGGGCCUCUUCAUAUGAGCCCGGUUGACCGGGCUGGCCCGGUUUCCGAGAUCUCGCCUCACCUCUAAAUCCUUUGUAAAAUUUUCGAUGUGUUCAUAUGAGAGGGCGGGCUGGCUCGGUUCCCGAGAUCUCGGUAAGCGGGCUGGAAAUUUUGCCAUAUGAACACUUCAUCCCGGUUACCGGGAUGAACGGCGGGAUGAAUUCUGGCGGUCCGGAUGGCAUCGUCUUGCAUUGCCUGCUGUAUUUUCCACAUCAUAAGUAUCCCAUUUAACUGCAGUGAUACAGCUUUAAGAGUUACCGAUGCUAAGACAGGCCCGAAAGUUAAAAUUUUUGUGUUUCGCCAUGUUUGUUUUGUUUCCCAAAUUUGGCGCCAGAACUCGUUCUCAGGAUCUUUGACCUUUUCUCCUCUCGGAAACCGGGCUAAAAUUUCUCAUAUGAACCCAAGGCAAAAUUCAUCCCGGUAACCGAGCCAGCCCGGUCAACCGGGCUCAUAUGAAGAGGCCCUAACUCGACUUUUUAUAACUCGAAUUCUUCGCUUACUCGCUCUAAAUUUCCUUUCCCUUGAUCAAGAUGUCACAGACAUUUACCCCGAUAACUCGAAUUUAGAACUCCACUCGGAUGCAUCCAUCAGCCCCUUUUUUUGUAUAAUCUGUAAAAACAUUAAAACUAACAUUAUGAUUUGAUUUUAAUUGGUGCAAUUAUGUUACCCUUUCUGAUGAAAUAAGUUAAAUUUGCUCUGUACCGGUAUACACAGAAGGUUUUAAAAAAUCAAUAGCUAUCAGUCAUUAAGAAGGCAAACAGAAUGUUUCGUCGACCCCCUUGACUCGAACCCUCUGUAACUCAAACUGGAUUUUGUUUCCCUUCAGAGGUCUAGUUACCGGGGUUCUACUGGUACCUCGACACUUUCAUCCCAUCAUGCUCCAUUUUGUUUUUUAGGUUCUAGAGCUCUGUGACUGCAGUCUGGACGCUGGAGCAGAUUUCAAGUUGUUUUCCGUUGUUGCUGCAUUUUCUCAACGCGUGGCAGUUUUAGAGUACGUCAAGUUUACGGAGAUUUAUCAUUUACCGUAAAUUUCUCUCAUUUAUUUCACUAAUGUGAUUCAUUACCUUUCUUAACAGUGAGUUUGCAAAAAUCCUUUUAGCCAAGUUGGAUUUCAGAGAGCUUGACUUCAAGCUGCAAAAGUCAAAGGUAAUUGAAGUUUAAGAGGAUUUGUUUGUUAGAGUUAUAACUUUGAGUCCAAUACCAGUUAAUACAGUCCGUACUUUGGCGAACUAUGGGCGCGUGAGACUCGGGCGCUUCUCGCUUGUGAGACUCUAUUAAACCUUCCGCCGGUGCCUCGCGCCUUCAAAAACCGAUUUUGAGAAAAAAACGACUGUUUUGCAGUGUAGUUAAGACUAUUCUAUUUACUAGUACAAAGGUUCAGGAUUUUACCCUUCUAAAAUAUUGUUGUUGUAGGCUGUUUAUGAAAAAUAGUGUGUCGACUUAAUCGAGUGCGCUCAGACUGUCUUGUUCUGGCCCCGGUUGUUCCAACGUUGGAUAGUGCUAUCCACUGGAUAAAUUACUCUCCGACAAAUAAGUAUUAUGGAAAUCGAUUGCGUUAUCCAAUGGAUAGAGAGUUAUCACUGGUGGAUAGCGUUAUCCACCUUUUGAGCAACUGGAGGGAGGGGGGGUGCAACCCCCUCCCCCUUCCCCCCAAGAAGUGAGAUAUAAUGCCCACUACUCUUCAUAACACACUGUACGUUUUUAUCUCUUCAUUAUUUUAGCGGCUCUUCUUAUGCUAUGUUGACGAAGCCAAGAAGACCAUUUCGCUUGAGGAACUUAUGCUUGGGCUUACGGCUGGUGGUUUAUCGGCGGAACAAAGAGAACAAACAUUGAAAGUCCUCGGCAAGACAACUGCUUUAGACUUCCUGGACUUCUUGACUUAUAUCCCACUUUUUAUUCACAUCCACGAUCACAUUCUACAAGAUCCCCUCGGGACUGUAGUUUACCGAGACAUGUUGGCGGUAUAGAGGUAGACUUCUUCGGGAAAUCUUCGUAGAGAGGCGAGGAGCUUCCGAUUGAAUAAAUUGCCCAAUGGAAAAUCGGAGCGGGAUUCCCGUUUUCGGAACCGUACUUGGGGAAAUCAUUGUGGAGGUAGCUGAGCUUUUAACAUCGCCCAACAGAGAUGGAGCCACGUCCUCUGGCCAAACUCUUUUAGCAGCGAUUUAAGGGUCAAUAUCAAGUGGGAAAGUAGCCCAAUUCUCAGAGGGUCUGAAAUCUGUCGUCCGUCUGUCUGAGAAUCGUGCUAGUGUAUAAGACUUAAGAUAUAUUUUUAAAAAAUUGCGUUAGCCGGUUUUCUAGUUUUUGGAAUACCAAGAGACUGUGUCAGUGGGAUUCGAAAAUAGACAAUGGAGAUAUACAGAGGAAAGAGAGAUAUUGUUAAUAGCAGAUAGAAUAAAUUGUAUCUUUUAACAAUU